AUGGCCCGCCAUUCUCUUGCUCUAGUUCUGCUCGUCGUCAUCGCCAUCUCGGUUACCGGUGUUCAGUCCAAGAUGUUCACCAUCACCAACAACUGCGUGCACACGGUGUGGCCGGGGAUCUCCACCGGAGCGAGUCCGGCGCCGCCGCUGGACACCACGGGUUUCGAGCUCGCGCCGGGGGAGUCGCGUGCCUUGCCGGUGCCGUCCGGGUGGUCGGGCCGCGUAUGGGGCCGAACCCUGUGCUCCACCGCCGCCGGUACGGGCAAAUUCACCUGUGUCACUGGCGAUUGCGGCUCAGGUCUCCAGGAGUGCGCGAGCGGCAACGCCGCGCCGCCGGUGACGCUCGCGCAGUUCAGCAUGGACGGGAGCGGCGGCAUGGACUUGUACGACGUGAGUCUCGUCGACGGAUACAACCUGCCAAUGGUCGUGGUGCGCCAGGGCGCCGCCGCGGAGGGGAACUGCGUGCCGGCAGGGUGCGUGGUGGACCUGAGCGGCGCGUGCCCGGCCGAGCUGCGGGUGCCCGGCGUCGUGGCGUGCAAGAGCGCGUGCCAGGCGUUCGGCUCUCCCCGGUACUGCUGCACCGGCGAGUACGGCAACCCCGACACCUGCAAGCCGUCAGCCUACUCGGAGUUCUUCAAGAAGGCGUGCCCGCGGGCAUAUAGCUACGCGUACGACGGCAACACCUCCACCUUCGGUUGCUCCGCCAGUGACACCGGCGUCUAUAUCAUCACCUUCUGCCCAAGCACGUCCAGGUAG